GGCGCGCGGCGCCCGCGCCGCAGCCAUGAGCGUGCCGCGAGCCGCCUGGGACGAGGGCGGCCGGGAGCUGGCGGCGCCGGAGCCCGCGCUGCUGGCGCCGGAAUCGGGCGGCUGCGGCUUUGCUCCCGGCUGGCUGGGCGUGUGCUGCGCCGCCCGCCUGCCUGCCGCUUCGCCUCGCUACCUGCUGCCUGGGGUCGAGGAGGAGGAGGAGGCUGCGGCGCCGGUGCACGGGAGCGCGGCGCAGGGCGGCGGGAGCAGCCCCAGUGGGGCGCAGAGGGGCACAGUGGGCGGCGGGCGGCCGCGGGGCGGCGGCGGAUCCGGACUGCGGGCGCAGGUGAGCGGCGUGCAGAAACAGCGGCGGCUGGCUGCCAACGCGCGGGAGCGGCGGCGAAUGCACGGGCUGAACCACGCCUUCGACCAGCUGCGCAAUGUCAUUCCUUCCUUCAACAACGACAAGAAGCUCUCGAAGUACGAGACGCUGCAGAUGGCGCAGAUCUACAUCAGCGCCCUGGCCGAGCUACUGCACAGCCCCGCCGCGCCCCCCGACACCUCGGGCAAGGCCGAGCUCCGCGGGGUUCCCUUCGAGCCGCCCUGCGCCGCCGGGACGGGGCCGCCGCCGGGACCUCCGGCGCCUCCGCCGGGGCCGCCGAGAGCCUCGCCCCCCGGGCAUGGCAGGACUCGCUUCCCCCCGCCGCCGGCUGCGGGGGGCUACUCGGUGCAACUCGACCCGCUGCACUUCUCCUCCUUUGCGGAGGGCGCCCUGAUGGGACAGAGAGCCCCUUCCCCUGCCCUCCUCAUGUCGCAGCCUGGGCAGCCGCCGCAGGAGCGGAGAAAAACGUCGCCCCGGUCCCACAGGAGCGACGGGGAGUUCUCACCCCGCUCCCACUACAGCGACUCGGACGAGGCCACCUAGGGCGGGGCGCCGUCCCCAGCACACCCAGGGUCGCCCCUCGGAACACGGACUCUGCUGUGGGGUGAGCAGCCGGCCGCAGUGCCGUCUCGGAUGGCAUCGGCUCUCUCCCGGUCGCCUUGAAAAUCCGCCCCCUCUUCUCCCACCCGUGGUUUGUCCAAGGGGAAUGGCUGUUAGGGAGUGACUGUACCCGCCCUGUCU